UCUCUCUGAAACCUUCACAAUCAUCUCUCUCUCUCUCUCACACACACACACACACAUCGCUACCAAUUUAAUCUACCACCACCACCACCACCACCUCCUACAGCUCCUACUACAACACACUACACUGCACAACAUGUCCGCCCUCCGCACACUCACCCGCCACCUCCCGCUCAGAGCGCCGACCGCACGCCUUCUGUCGACCUCUACACGCCUGCAGACCGGCGGCGCCACACGCCACGGCAACGAUCCGGAGGUUCUCCAGAAGGGAAAGGAGAGCGUCCUGCGAAAGCACAGCAAGGACAGCAAGGAGGACCCGCACUGGCACGAGGAAUUGGCGAGCGAUGCUGAGGCUUUCGUAAAAGCGAACCGGGGAGAGGUGGAUGCUUCUGCUGAAGAGAUUACCAAGUUGCAGAAUGCCACCAAGAACAGUGCCGGCAAGAAAUAGGCUGGCCGAGUUGUACCUAGGGGUGGGGAAUUGAAGAAACCGUUCACGGGCUGGAUGGGGUAAUGAAAGCUGUAUAUGAAUAGUCUAUUCCAGUGAAUGAGAACGGAAGAAACAAAAUAGAAAUCAAACUGUUGCAAAAUACAAGCCA